CUCGGUUGCAUCUUUAUUAUAAUAAGCAGUCUUCCAGCGGGCAUGGAGAACGCACGUUGCUUCGCUAACCGCUUCACGGACUACAAGGGCGCGCUGCCGUCGGGUCAGCUCGGGUUCGAUGCCGUGGUGGCUAUGGUGGACACGAUCCUCAAAAAGGUGCCCGAUGACGUGUGCGACUACGACGGCGGGCUGUACGACGGUCCCGCCGGGGUGGCGUACAUGCUGUAUCACGUCAGCGAAUGUCCCCUCUUCUCCGAGCGGAGGGACACGUACCUCAAGACGGCCAAGCACAUCAUCGACGUGUCGGUGCGCUGCGUGGACGCGGAGCCGGACCAGAACAUGCGUGCCGCCUUCCUGCUCGGCGGGGCGGGCAUCUACGCCGUGGCCGCGAUGAUAUACAAGUCCUUCGGCUUGGCUGACUUCGUCAAGCCGCUGACGAAAUUCCGCAGCCUGUGGGAGGUGUGCGCGCCGAUUCGUUUCCUGGAGUGUGGCUCUGAUGAGCUGUUUGUGGGCCGGGCAGGCUACUUGUGCGCCGCCUUGGUCCUCAGGCAAAAGCUGGCCAUUGAGAUUCUCAGCAAGGAUCAAAUCAAAUCCAUUUGCGCGGCCAUCAUCGAGUCCGGAAAGCAAUAUGCGAAGAGGAAGAGAAAGCCGUUCCCCCUCAUGUACUCCUUCUAUGGGACGGAGUACCUCGGGGCAGCCCACGGCCUAUCGUCGGUGCUACAGAUGCUGCUGAGCUACCAGGACAUGCUGAGCAGGGCCGACGAGGACCUGGUGUGGCAGAGUGUCGACUUCCUCAUGAACCAGGAGCAGAACUGCAACUGGCCCGCCGAGCUGGGCGCGGUCAUCGAGAGGGAGAAUGAAUUGGUCCACUGGUGUCACGGCGCUCCAGGUGUGGCCUAUCUGUUUGCCAAGGCCUACCUGAUAAACAAAAUGCCCCAGUACUUGGACACCUGCAUUCGCAGUGGAGAGCUGGUGUGGCAGAAAGGUCUUUUGAAGAAAGGACCGGGCAUCUGUCACGGAGUGGCCGGCAGUGCUUAUGUCUUCCUGCUGCUGUAUCGCCUCACCGGGAACUCCAAAUACAUCUACCGGGCUCAAAGGUUUGCGGAGUUUCUCUUCACCGAGGAGUUCAAAGCGGGCUCGUGCUCCUUGACCAGCGCCUGCAGUCUGUUUGAAGGCCUGUCGGGUACCGUCUGCUUCCUGGUAGACCUUUUGCAACCCGACAAGGCAGAGUUCCCGCUGUUUACCGUCUUUGAGUGAAGGCGGAAAAAGAGGAGCAACAAGAACUAGACGUGUAAGUGCAGUUGCCGUAGAAACAGACCUUGUUCUGUGUGUGUUUGUUUCAAAGUGGAUGUUCAGCUAUUUCCAGCUUUACCAGAUUCAUCCCACUCGGUGUCACAUUCGCGACAUACACGGCUGAAAUGCAAGUACAAAAAUACAUUUUGUAACAUGUGCUGCUCUCAGGUUUAAAAUAAAAGAAAUACACACAUUA